GGCGAUGGUUGCGCUUUCACUCGGACGGCUGCGCGGCUGCCGAUUGGCUGCGUCAGCACGUCGGCGGGAGGUCGCAGGACACUGUGCCGCCCCUCCCUUCGCGGCGCCUGCUCUGUAGAGCCAGCGGAGCCGGGUAGCUUGGCCAGGUGAGAGGAACCGCAGCGCGCCGCAGGACCGGACCGCUGACCCUGCAGCCGACCCGCGCCGUGACCCGCGACCCUAGACCCCGACUCCCUUUGGCUCAGCCCGCGCGCCCCAGGCCCGGCCCGGGCGGCGCGACGGGAGGAUGAGCGGCGGGCGGCGGAAGGAGGAGCCGUCUCAGCCGCAGCUGGCCAACGGGGCCCUCAAAGUCUCCGUCUGGAGCAAGGUGCUGCGGAGCGACGCGGCCUGGGAGGACAAGGAUGAAUUUUUAGAUGUGAUCUACUGGUUCCGACAGAUCAUUGCUGUGGUCCUGGGUGUCAUUUGGGGAGUUUUACCAUUACGAGGUUUCUUGGGAAUAGCAGGAAACUUUUUUUCCUGUUAUAGGAAAGGCCAUUGCUGCUCUGGAGCUGUGUGUGAGUGUGAUGAAUAGAGCAAAGCAGCGGCCCUACAAUGGCACUCCUGGGUCUGGUGCACCACUCCUCAGGAGCAUCUCAGGUCAGGCAGGUUACCUUCCUGCCUUCCUGAAGGCUGGGCCAGUCCAUUCAUUCAUGGGUCUAAAGGGACCUCAUGCAAGAGGCUAUCACAUUACUUGUUGGUGGCAUGCCCUCUAGGUCUGCUGUGACCUUUGUUCCUGUGCAAGUUUGGGAAGUAGGAACUUCUGUAUUUGACGACCAUUUCCCUUGUGCCUGGCACUAUGCUUAAUGUGCUAAACCUUGGCUUUGGCAGAAGUUAUUUCAGGUCCCUUCCUUUUGUUUUUUUGAGAUAGGGCCCCACUUUGUCGCC